AUGUUAACAUUCUCGGACUGUCGACGAAAUCAAUCUUGUGGUUUUGGACUUUAUCGUCACCCGCAACAUCCACACGAGCGCUCGUUUUUAUGUAAACAGAGUGGCAAUGAUUGGAUGAUUCUGCAGCGAAACGACAAACUAUGGAUACGAUUACGAAGAAGUUUUUUGAGUAUUCAGUCGAAUGAACUCACCGAUUUGAGAUCUAUCGCUGCGUUGGCUUUCAUGGCUCCAAAAACCACUGCUGAUCUCAUGCGCAUCCGAAUGUACGCCACUAUAAAAGAGGGGAGUUUGCCAUUCUGGACAGCUGGGAGGGCAAGCGAUGGCUCAGUACUAGCUAAACUACGCUCAAGAUACAACGAUCUUUUGGGUCGUCGCUUAGUGAAGGUAUGGUCACAUUGGUAUAUUUCUAAUCAGUCGGCAAGUGGUGAUCUGCUGGUGAAUUCAUUGGGUACGUUGGCGUUCGUAAACGGAAACACUCAUCCAAUCCAUCGUCUUCUUGAAUUUGACCCACUAAUCGACUGGAUACACGAACAGCUCAAUGGUGAACGAGUAGCGCCUACUGCUCUGGAGACUUAUUUCGCGAAUCGUGCCAUCUACGAAUACCGUCUCCAUAAACAAAUUCCAAACAAAAACGAACCGCAAAUCGUCAACGUGCAAUGUCCCGAAUGCAAAACCAAAUCAUACAAUGUCUCAGAUACAGCCAUCCUCUUCUAUGUGCUUGUUGGAAUAAAAGCUGAAAAGCACCAAAAGGUAAAGCCAUUUCAGAACACAUCGUUCGAAGGGGUUCAUCUGGCGAAUUCAGUUGUGGUGAGCAGUUAUGCAGCGCAUUUCGUUCUCACUAAUCUCAAAGCGAAGAUGAAUUUGUGCUAUGAACUCGGUUUAGUGGAGCCUCGUAACCGAUACCAACCAAACAAACUCGCACCAGUUGCAAUUACUGCGAGACAUUCGUCCUUUGAUGUUAUUGGGCAAUCGCUGAUCACACAUUUGGAUCGCUCGAAGCGAGCGAAUAUCGAUGAAAGUAUUGAAACGGUUUGCUGGCAAGGAACGUGUUCAUGUGCUGAAACCACUUGCACUGUUAGGUGUGGGCAAUGCAGGAAUAUUGAUAAGUCACGACUGAAACAGGAAUUGUGUGUAAGGAAUAGUUUCGGUGCAGCAGUUGAGGUGAGGUCAGUGCAUGAUGAGGUGUUUCAUAAUGCUCAGUAUACGGUUGUCGAUAUCUUGUUGGAGCAUUGGAAAAAUCUGCAAAAUGAUACACUCAGCAAACCAGAAAGGAUGGAAGUGUGGUUACGCAAAUGCAAUCGUCGUUGUUUAAGGCCGAAUCGAGGUGACAACUACUAUUUUGGUGGUGAUAUUGGAGGAAUCGUUGUGGAUCAUAGUGCUAAGUUCCUAUUACUUUUCAGGAUGCAUUAUGUACUUCGUGAAGACGAUCGUUGGGAGAAGGCGACAGAUGAGUGCGGCCAUUUAUUCAGUCAUUUAUUUACAAUAACUUCAUGUGUAUGA